UCUUGCCUCCUGCGUGUCUCUGAUAUAUCCUGCCAGGAGCGGAAGUGUCUGGGAUUCGGCUCAGUCCGUCGCUCCAAAAACAGUCGCCUGUGAAGGGAGACGGGCCGAGCGCCGUCUGUAAGUCUUCCCAAGCCGUCGCCGCCUGCAGCCGGGCUCCAUCCAGCGACGCCGCGAAAAACCCAGCUAAUGUAGAUAUAUCGGCACGGGACAUGCUCUGUCGGGUUACGUUUCUACUGCGGCACACUUGGGCCUGCGCAAUCGACGUGAACGUGAACUCCCCGGACACAGGAGAGGAUUAAGUUACUGCUGCUGGCGGCGGAUUAUUUUUAUUGGCCUCCUCCUGUCACGCCCGAGUCUUUUUUUUUUUUUUUCCCUCAAUUACGAGAGCGCAGCUCACAAGCCAGAUAUGUCUUUUCGGCGAGGUGUGGUCAGGCAGAGCAAAUUCCGCCAUGUUUUUGCUCAGGCAUGGAAAGCCGAGCACUGCAUCGACGACGUGAGGGUGUCCCGCGUGACGUGGGACAGUCCGCUCUGCGCGGUCAACCCCAAAUUCAUCGCCGUUAUCAUCGAAGCAGGCGGAGGAGGAGCCUUCCUUGUUGUUCCUGUCAGCAAGAGCGGCAGAAUCGAUCAGUCCUCUCCGACAGUCUGUGGCCAUGCGGCACCGGUGCUGGACAUCCAGUGGUCUCCUCAUGAUGACAGUAUCAUUGCAAGCGCCUCAGAGGACUGCACGGCAAAGGUGUGGCAGAUCCCAGAUGGGGGCCUGACAACUCCGAUGACUGAGGCCAUUGUGACCCUCGAGGGCCACAGUAAAAGAGUGGGCAUCCUGGCUUGGCACCCUAGUGCCUUUAACAUCCUCCUAACUGCAGGCUGCGAUAACGUCAUUUUUGUGUGGAACGUGGGGACGGGAGAGCUCGUGUACCAGCUGAGUGAUGCCCAUCCAGACCUGAUCUACAGUGUGAGCUGGAACAAGGACGGCAGUGCUCUCUGUACUGUCUGCAAAGACAAGGCCCUGCGCGUCAUUGACCCACGAAGAGGCACCGUCCUCAAGGUGAGAGAGAAGGUCCACGAUGGUACCAGGCCUAUGAGAGCGGUGUUCCUCUCAGAUGGGAAGAUCCUGACCACAGGCUUCAGCCGUAUGAGUGAGAGACAGCUGGCAUUGUGGGAUACGAAAGAUCUCUCUGAGCCAAUGGCUGUACAAGAAAUGGAUACAAGUAAUGGAGUUCUUCUACCCUUUUAUGACCCUGACACAAACAUGGUCUACCUGUGUGGAAAGGGGGACUGCACCAUCCGGUAUUUUGAGGUGACAGACGAAUCCCCGUACGUUCACUUCCUCAGCUUAUACAGCAGCAAGGAGCCCCAGAGAGGGGCAGGCUUUCUUAGUAAAAGAGGUGUGGAUGUCAACAAGUGUGAAAUUGCCAGGUUCUACAAACUGCAUGAAAGGAAAGUGGAACCCAUUUCUAUGACUGUACCACGGAAGUCAGAUCUGUUCCAGGGAGACCUUUACCCGGACACAGCCAGCUUGGAGCCAGCGCUCCUGGCUGACGAAUGGAUCGCUGGGCAGGAUGCACCACCACUGUUGGUCUCCCUGAGCGGUGGGUACACGGCUCCUCCAUCCAAGCACAGAGACACCCUGAGGAGCAAGCCCAAGCUCGUUUCGCAGGACUCUGGGACGGGGGCUGCCCCGCCUUCAGCUGGCAACGUAGCGGCAUCGGCGCCUACCUCUGCCGCCAAGGAGACAGAAGAAGACGUGCCACAGCCACGAGUGGCCACGAAAGAGACGGAUGGAGGUACUGAGAGGCUAAAGAGAGAGGACGACGUGCUGAACGAGCUGUUGGCAGAAAUGAAGGCUUUACGUGCCGUCGUACUCGCUCAGAGCCAGAGAAUUGAGUUGCUCGAGAGGCAGCUGGCUCGCAUUGAAGAUGGGGAUGUAUGAGAAAGCAGGAGAUCCACUACAUUCGGAGGGCAUUCUUACUAAAUCCAUAGACCCUAGCCUUACUAGAAUCAACAGUAACUUAAGCUGUGUGAGUGGGAGAAUGUAGUGUACAGUAGCAACUAACUGUGAAUCACAGUGGCUUACAACUAGACCGACUGUUGCGAUUAAAAACAAGACCACAGUGUGUUUCUGUGAUUGACUUCCAGAUUGUGGUUGAGAAUGGGGUGGCAUGUGCACAGCGUGAAAUUUAACAGCGAGAUAAUGUUUGAUUCUACAUAUGAAGGAAUAUCGUAGCAGCUAUUUGGUGGUGCAUAUAGUGCGGCUUUUAGUUUUAAAAAUCCACGUGUUCAUUUUGAGGGGCUUUGAAGGAGUUUCAGUGGCACCAUUGCCUCAAAUUAAGCACAAAGUAGGAACAAACAGCAUUAUAUUAAAGCUACUGAAGGUUGACAUUCUAUAGCAAAGUAAUUAAGUACCUCUAAUACGGUUUUUGGGGUUUUUUUUCUUUUUCUCUUUCUCUUUCUCUGACGCACUCACACGUAAUCAUUAGGGCUAUUUAAUCAGGUAGUUAAAGCUGCUCAACUGUGAUGUCGUAUCAGACCCCCAGUUGUUAUCUCAUCGUGUGACUUGUGCUUUGUUUUACUACUUCGUUAUAGGACGCCGUGUGCAAGGAUAACGGUAGGAAAAUCUUCUGGCGCACAAACCGUGACCUCGACAGAGAGAAUUGUGUGAAUACUAGCUGAUGAGCGUGUAGCUAAAUAUUUAUGUGUAUCGUAAUUCUGUGUAGUCUUUGCAGUCAAUGAAAAGGUGACACUUGUGAUUUUGAGCCUCGUGUUUGCAGGUUUUCUGUAACAUCAUGAGGCAAGAUAUUUGUCCACAUUAUCAUUAAGACAUAAAUAUGCAGAAAUACUCAGCUCUUUCCCUUCUUUUGACAUUGGGCUGUAGUAUUGUGUGCCGCCUAAAGAACCAGGACCUCUUCUGAGUAUUUUGAAGAGCAGUGAAUUGGACACUUUUUAAUCAUACUUCUCAUGAGCAUUUUUUCAGAGAUGGCAGCUAAAAUGAAAGUUGCCCGGUGGACACACGGCCUAAGGUGGGCUACAUACAGCACAUACUGAUAUUGAACUUAAUGCUAAUUGCAGUACAGCCGAAUAAAACACACAAUAUAUUCAAAUUAUAAGAAAUUAUCUGUUUUCAGCCACAAGAAAGAGGAAGUUACAAUGAAAUGUGAAACGCUAUCUACAGUUUGCAGUUGCAUUUGUAUUGGUGUUAAAAGACGGAAAGUUCUUUUGUAUUUUUUCUUUUCCAUUUGAAUAUUGUGUUUUUUGCCAUUACGUUUAGAGGCACUUAUCUGUCACCUGUUCAUCAGUCAGUUGUAGUGCAACAAUGGUACAUUCCACAUCAACCUUAUCCCUUUAUUACUUUAAUUGUGGUAUAUAAUUCUUUAUGCACUAACCUCUUAACACUAACUGUAAAUCAGUAGCAUUUUAAUGAGACUACAUUAUGAAAGCUCAAUAAACAUUCAUUCCUCCUUUGUAUUAA